AAAAAAUUUUCUCUUCUUUUCUUUUCCUUUCCAGAAGGCCUAUUAAUAAAUUCAUCUCCUCUGUGUGUGUUCCAGUUUGGUCGUACUUUGAACACAAUUGCCGAAACUACAAAGUCAGUAACCUUGCAAUCGCAGCAACUGCAUUCUAAAAUACUUCUGCGUGACAAUAAAGACAAUUAAAUUUUUUACUGAAAACCUACAAGUUAUUUUAGAUUUUAUUCUACUUGAUUGUUAUUUAUUAACUGCCAAUAUUUUCUACUUAUAAAAAAGGCCACCAAGUCCAUUUUUUUAUAGUUACCUUAUGUUAGGUAUGUGAAAUGACAUUUUAGUUACGAAUAUGAUGUUUGACAUAUAGUUCGGCAAAAUUUAAAAUUUUAGUAAUACAAUGAAGUAUGAGUGUAUCAUGCUGUUCUUAUUAUAAAACAAUACGUUUUCGACCUUCAUGUAAUCCUUGUGAACCAUGUCCUCCAAGUCGUUCAAGUUUAUGCAAGCCUCGUUAUUACCCAUGUGAACCAUGUUCUCCUCCUGAACGAAAACAAUCUACUAAAAUCUCCGAUUUUCCUACAACAAGUGGAGUUGGAAUUUCAAUUAAUGAUAAAAAAGACCAGAAAGAUUCCACUGGAAGAGGUGGACGAACUGGUAGUGGUCGAACAGGUAGUGGACGAGCUGGAGGAAGAACAGGCUCUGGAAGAGGAGGUAGCGGGAGACGGGGAAGAAAAAGUAGCAAAGGAGAAGGCCAUGAAGGUGUCGCUGGUAGUGGAAGGGGUGGUCCAGGUGGGGGCCCUGGCGGUGGUUAUGGUGGAACAGGGGGAGGCCCUGGUGGUGGAUAUGGUGGUCUAGGUGGCGGCCCUGGUGGUGCUUUUGGUGGAACUGGUGGCGGCCCUGGUGGUGCUUUUGGUGGACCUGGUGGGGGCCCCGGUGGUGCUUUUGGUGGACCUGGUGGGGGCCCUGGUGGUGCUUUCGGUGGACCUGGUGGUGCUUUUGGUGGUCUUGGUGCCGGAUAUGGUGGUCCAGGUGGUAGCUUUGGAGGACCUGGGGGUGGCGGAUUUGGAGGACCAGGUGGCGGAUUUGGUGGUCCUGGAGGAGGCUACGGGGGAGGAAGUUUUGGUGGUCCUGGUGGGGGUUUUGGUGGCUUUGGUGGUCCGGGUGGUGGUUUUGGUGGUCCUGGGGGUUUUGGAUAUGGUUCAGGCGGCGGAAGUUUUGGUUAUGGAGCUGGAGGUGGUGGUAUGAUGAUGCCACCUUGCGCUCCUGGAUAUUCGGCUGCUAUGCAAAAUAUGAUGUCUUCGCGUCCUUCUGGAUUUGGAGCUGGUACUGGUAUGUUACCAGGUGGUUUUCCUCCUUCAUGCUCUCCAAGAAGUAGCAGUGCUGCUACGUAUUCCUCAAGAUGUACUCCACGAAACACGCCUGGUUUUCGAUUUGGCUCUGGAAUGGGUGUCAGAGGUUACAACAAUGUUUACAGCAACGCAUCAAAUUACUUCAGUGGUGCACGUAAUAAUUACGUUCCUUCAUAUGGGGCUAGCAAUUUUGGUGAAAAUGUGGGUUGCUUGCCUCAGACAUGUCCUGUUAAAAGAUCUUCUGUGAUUAAUCCACCACCAAAACCUAUUCCUUCAUACCAGUCAUAUAAAGUGUGUGGUACUUGUGGAAGUGUUGUACAAAAUGUCUGUACAAGACAGGAGGAUCCUUAUAGAGUACUUUGCCCAGAUCAUGGUAACAAGGAAACUACCAAGCAUACCUUCUUGUGUACACCUAGAAGAUGAUUUAUUUCUCCCUAUUAACUUUAAGUUGUCCUGUAAGAACAAGUGCGAUACAUAAAUGUUUGAAAUUAG